AACCUACAGCUCUGCAACAUUUGACUGUAGCAUACAGUAAUAUGCAGACGUAGAUUACUUUUUUGAAGUACUGUGCUAACAUUUGUGGUACAUAAAGUUUGAAGUCUGAAUAGUCUAUCUAGUGGCAGAGCUGAACCAAACGCAGAUUUCCGUGAAGAGCACUUAGUAUGCUUCUGCAACACAAACACGGCUGGCUGUGUAACCUCUGAGCCAAUCAAACGCAAACAUCCCGCUGCACUUUGCCACGGCCGGCCAAACGUCUGCAGUCACUGACGUCUUGUUGACAGCAUUUCACCGGAGUAGGAUGGCGAGGAUCCACUUACCACUCAUCGUCUGUCUGCUGCCACUGGACGUCUGGAUCAGCUGCGAUGCCUCUGUGUUCCCAGUGGUUCCCAGGGACACAGCAGAGUCUUUCUUAAAGAGACAGAAGCGGUACAAUACAGGAGGAUUCGAGGAAUUCAUGCAAGGCAAUCUGGAGCGCGAGUGCCAUGAGGAGACGUGCAGCUUCGAGGAGGCCAGGGAGGUCUUCGAGAAUGGAGAGAAGACAAGGGAGUUUUGGAUCAGCUACAGAGAUGGGGACCAGUGUGUGUCCUCUCCGUGUCAGAAUGGGGCAGAGUGCAAAGACGCUAUAAGUUCUUACGUAUGUUGGUGUCCUGUUGGCUUCGGUGGGAAAAACUGCGAGAUAGAGUCUAUGAGGCAGUGCGAUAUGAACAACGGGGGCUGCAUGCAUUUCUGCAAGCCUGAUAAAUUCCGAGGGGCAGUGUGCGAAUGUGCAGCAGGGUAUAAGUUAGCGGGGGACGGAUGGACCUGCGAUCCUGAAGGAGACUUUCCCUGUGGCAGACUCGCAGUUAAUGUCAUUUCAGCUUUAUCUAGUCGGUCUGCACAGGCCGACCUCCCAGAAGAAAACCUUAACGAUACUAUGAAUAAUUCUCCACUGUUGCCUAAACAAACCGGGCAUGUUGACGGCACUACCAACCAUUCCGCAAUUAAUAAUGUCACCUGGAAGACAACUGUUAGCGAGCUGCCCUCCUGGGUUUUCUCCCCCACCUUGCCCACCAUCCAGGAAGAGGUGGCCACAGGCAAACGCAUCGUUGGGGGAAAUGAGGUGACUCCUGGAGAGAUCCCUUGGCAGGUGGCACUGAUUGACAAUAACAAACGGGUGAUUUUCUGCGGAGGAUCCAUCCUCAGUGAGCAGUGGGUCAUCACAGCUGCCCACUGCCUGGAGAAGAUCACUAUAGACUCUUUCUUCGUCCGAGUGGGGGAGCACAAUGUGCACAAACACGAAGGCACCGAGCACGACUACGAGAUUGCCGAGUGGCACGUGCACGUCGGCUACAACGCCAGCAAGAGCAGGUUCAACCACGACAUAGCCCUGCUGCGGCUGAAGACGGCCAUCGCGUUCUCGGAUUUCAUCCUCCCGGUCUGCCUCGGGCCCAAGAAGUUCACCGAGGCGGUGCUGGAGAGCGGGGUCAGCUCGCUGGUGAGUGGCUGGGGAAGGGUGCGCUUUGCGGGGGUGGAGUCUCCCGUGCUGCAGAAGGUGGAGGUGCCGUACGUGCAGCGAACCGUGUGCAAGGACAGCAGCAGCAGUCACAUCAGCCGCUUCAUGUUCUGCGCGGGAUACCUACACGAGCACAAGGACGCCUGUCAGGGAGACAGCGGGGGGCCACACGCUACCAAGUACCGGAACACCUGGUUCCUGACCGGCAUCGUAAGCUGGGGGGAGGAAUGUGCCAAAGAUGGAAAGUUUGGCGUCUACACCCACGUGUCUUACUACUACCACUGGAUCAGCUGUAUCACUGGCAUGAAGAGGGGCCAAAACCACCAGGACGACAAAGCUGCCGGCCAACAUCCGUCGUGCAAUUUCCUGAAGAGGAGCCUUCGGUGAGAAGGUACACACACUGGGAAUGAAAGUUUGUGAAGCCUCUUUAAAGUUUCUGUCUUACUGUUUCCAGUGUUUAAUCCUCAUGAUUGUGGCUCGUGAUCAAAGAAUUUCUGACAGGUUUAAUUUGGACAGCAUGCUACAGUGGAGGCAGGCUAACAAAACUGUGCUUUUCCAUACGCGCCAAAUGCUGGAAUAAUUGGCAAAAAAAAAAAAAUUAGCUAAGUACUGUAUAAACCUAUUAACCGGGGAGGCUGAUUAACGGGCUGCAGAAGUUACCCACACAUAGAACUCCAUUAAGGUGUUUAAUAUAAUUAAAUUGCAUCACUAUUGUAUUGUUUGAUAAAUAUUGGAUCAGAAUGUGCUUUAUACUGUCUUAUUUACAAUCUAGAUAAUAUAUUUAACACAUAUACAUUUUUCCGCUAAACAAAUGUGUUGUUGCCAGUUGGCAUAAAGUGGUUAAACCUCUCAGGGCACAUUGUGAAUCACUUAUCCAUAAUACUGCUAUUCCAGAGCUUAAAAAUAGUAGUUUUGUGCCGUGUACAGAGCCAGUACUUUUCAUUUACAGCCAUUGAAAGUACCAGUACAAUACAUACUUUAUGAAAUUAACAGCCAGGAAUGAGUGCGGCGUGACACUGUCAUACUCUAAUAAGAAAAGUAAAAGAAAAAUAGGAAAAAAAAAGAUUAUAAAACAUUUGGCACCACAUGUAUUGACAUACAUUUUAUGUAAAUAUCCCUCUAUACAUAGUUAUGGCACAUGACACGACCAUAAACAUUUCAUGAGAGUAUUUGAGUUCUGUAAGAGACAUAAUUCAUAUCUAACACUGUUUCUGACAAGUUCUUGUUUGGAGAUGAUUAACUUGUUUGGAGAUGAUUUUAUUUGCAUAAACAGCCUAAAAUAGGUCCAUCCUGCUUUGGAAGGGCCUGUUUUGGGGUGUUCUGUCCGUAAAAGGAGAAGCCUGUUAUAAGAAGAGUUAUAAGCCAUUAUAAGAAUCCCCAGUGUUUAACAGGCAGAGUGGUAAUUAUAGGGUAGCCAGGUAUGAUGUAAGGACUGUUUUCCACAUGUGCUUAAGACUAAAAGUCGCCUGAAAUGUCGAAUUAGCGAACCCACUAGAUAGCGCUCCGCUCUGUUUAAGACUGAUUAGGAUCAGGACGUUUGGAAUGUUUGUGCCAUCCCUGCAUGUGUGAUGAGUUCUAUACACAGGCCUCCUCUGGCUACAGUACAAGGUAAUAAAGGUGAUGAAUGUUUCCAGAA